CUUAAACUAUAAAAUACAACGCUACUCUUUUACAGCAAGCACAAUACCAUUUGCUCCACCGGUACUGCCAUCAUGUAUGUUACAUUUCAACUAAAACGGAAAAAAUAUAGCUAAUUUAUUGGUUAUAAAGGCCAACACAUUAGGUUUUAUUAAUGUUCGCUGAACUAUAAUGUCCAUAUUACCACCCUCGCGUGGAAAAAUUGUAUUCGGACUGGGUAUAGCCUAUUUACUGGUGCAGUUUUUAUAUGUCAGCUAUUACAACGAAAAUCGUCGCUUCGACAAUCUGAUUACAACAACAACGCAAGAAUACUUCCCAUCGACCAACCCUGUGCCAAUAACUCACCUCAAUCUUUCCGGUAUUCAGACUAUGUUUUAUAAUAAUAUUCAAACAAAAGAGACGAAAGACAAAAAUCUUCUCACGCCAUGUCCACAAACUCCACCUGCUUUAAAUGGAACAAUGCGUUUGCUUGUACCUGCUCAGGAAACGUUGGAAGAAGUGGCUCAGCAGUUAUCAUGGCUGAGAUUUUUAGAAGGCGGACACCAAACGCCUUUAGACUGUCAGGCGAGAUAUAAAAUUGCAAUUAUAGUGCCUUAUAGAAACCGACUAGCCAAUCUCUGCUCGUUCCUUUUAAAUAUGCAUCCAUUUUUAACAAAACAACAGUUGGAUUACACUAUCUUUAUCAUAGAACAGUUCGACGAUGGACUGUUCAACCGGGCGAUGUUAAUGAACGUUGGGUUCACCGAAGCGUUAAAGUUACACGAUUUUGACUGUUUCUUUUUCCAUGACGUAGACCUUAUACCAGAAAAUGACAGAAACAUAUACAGUUGUCCCGAUCAACCAAGACACAUGUCAGUAGCUAUUGACAAGUUUAAUUACAGACUGCCAUACGUGGACUUAUUCGGUGGAGUGAUAAGCAUGAGCCGAACGCAUUUCCAGCUGGUCAACGGAUUCAGUAAUAUGUUCUGGGGAUGGGGCGGCGAAGACGACGACAUGGCGUCUCGGGUCAAGGCACACGACCUCAACAUCACCAGAUACCAUCCGGACGUGGCACGUUACCAUAUGUUGACACAUGCCCAACAAAAGGCUAACCCAAAAAGAACAGACUAUAGAGCAGUGGUCUUCAAACUUGGUUCCACGGCUUGUCGGCUUCUGAAAAAUGUCAACUAUUCGUCCAAGAAUUAAAAAUAUUUGUAACGCCCAUCAAGUACACCUUUCGCAUUAAAUGUAUAUACCAACUACACUUCUUUUUAGUGAAUAAAUUUAAUAACUAAUACAAUUUUUUUCAUCUAAUUAUUUAGUGCAAAAAAAAAGGUCAGUAUGUCGUCAACAUUUGUUUUAAGAGCAUAGUGUGCCGUGUUUAAUAGAAGUUUGAAAACCACUGCUAUAGAAUAUAUUAUACGUAUAGAAAACCGAUAAUCUAUAUCAGUUUUCUAUCACAUCAGGUUUGAGGAUAAAAAUAAAAAUAAUAUAAUUUUGAAAAAUAUUUAAAAACAAAACCUAUCAAUAUUUCCUAAACAGAUAACGACUUUUAGUAAUUCGCGUUAAUAUAAUCAUUCUGUGUAGUGUACUAGUGUGUACUCGCAUUAUUUACGUCCCCGGGGAUGGCGGUAAUAACAAUAGUCAGGGUACAUUAGCCACGUUCCCGCAUACGUUUUAUUUACAGUAUUUAUGAUGAUGAUAAACAUAAUAUAUUAUAAUAAUAACAGCGUGUGUUUAUGUUC